CGCGAGCGCAGUCGUUUGGAUUCACUCCACUUUCUCAUCACACACAGUGCAGCCGCGCUGGACCGGGAGGCGGACAGAGUUUGUGGCGGCAGAGCGGUUACCGCGCGUCGGGGUGGAAACUAACCGGACGACCGCUGUUGGCAACUCCCGGACCUGGUGUUUCUUGCUUGGGUGACUUUUAACCGUUUUCCCCCGUUUUUUUUUCUCUCCCUCCACCCGCCCCCGGUGCUCCGUCCGCUUGCACCACUAUCACAUCCACAUCCACCUCCACCCCACUACCUCCCCAAGCGUGCCAUCAGCGGAGGAUGCUGCUGCUGCUGCUGCUUCUGCCGCUGUCGGUACAGACUGCCCGGUGGUAACGCUCGCCCCCUUCACGGAGUAGCAGGGAGUGAGUGACCCUCCCUCUGUUCGGACGGGUCUUCCCCCGGCUGCCGGGCUCCAGCUCCAGCCGUUACACCGGAGAGAGAGAAGAGGACCGGCGGGUCGACGCGCAGCGCUGGUCACGACAGAAAAAGUGGACAGAAAUUUUGAGAGGGAUUGGAGGAAUAAUUACCCAGCCUGUCCGACUGGAUUGUUUGAUUUGUUUCCAGGUGUUUUUCGCCGUUGUGGAUUGUUAAUUUCGGGGUUUUUUCCCGGAGGUCUGGAGCGGCUCCGUCUGGGUACCGAGGAGGAGCGGAGCCUGUAGCCGGGGCUGGAGCGCUCAGAGCUGGGGAACCGCGCGGCUCUCACCCGGUCCAGAGCGGUGCUGUCGGGUGGAGACAUGGCGGCGCUGAGGUGGGAGGUUCUGUUGUUGGUGGUUGUCCUGCUGGUCUCCUGUAACGCCGCGCCCACCGACAUCCUGUAUCGCGUUCCUGAGGAGCAGCCGCCCAACACGCUGAUCGGGAGUCUGGCGGCCGACCAGGGCCUGCCCGACACCGGUCACCUCUACAAGCUGGAGGUGGGCUCCCCAUACCUGAGGGUGGACGGCAAGACCGGCGACAUCUACACCACCGAGAUCCCCAUCGACCGCGAGACGCUGAGGGACUGCCGCAAUCUGUUUGAGGGCGACAGAUGUUUCCUGGAGUUUGAGGUGUCGAUCACCGACAUGGUGAAGGGCAUCGGCUCGGGGCCGCGGCUGAUCGAAGGCCGCAUCGAGGUGCUGGACAUCAACGACAACACGCCGCAGUUCUCCUCACCCAUCCUCACCCUCUCCAUCCCCGAGAACACGCACAUCGGCGCCCUCUUCUCCAUCCCCAUGGCCACCGACCGGGACUCCGGCACCAACGGCGUGGCAGAGUACUCGCUGAGCACAGGGCCCGACGCCGACCAGCUCUUCAGCCUGCAGGUCGCCGUGGACACGGACGAGAAGCUGCCGCAGCUGGUCGUCAUGGGCAACCUGGACCGCGAGAAGAAGGACUCGUACGACCUGAACAUCCGGGUGGUGGACGGCGGGAAGCCGGCGAGGGCGAGCAGCGCCCUGCUGCGGGUCACCGUCACAGACCAGAACGACAACGCCCCCAAGUUUGAGAGGAGUCACUACGAGGCCGAGCUGCCGGAGAACAGCCCGCUGGGACACUCAGUGCUGCAGGUCAGAGCCAACGAUGCUGACACCGGCAUCAAUGGAGAGAUUGACUACAGCCUCCAUCAGGCAUCAGAGACAGUCCAGAGGCUUCUACGCAUUGACCGCUCCACCGGCAUUAUAUACGUCAAAGGCCUGGUCGACCGUGAGGAAGAGAACUUCCUCAAGUUCUUUGUGGUUGCCAAAGAUCGUGGACCCAACUCCAAGAGCUCCAAGGUCCUGGUGACCAUCAAUGUCAAGGACCAGAAUGACAAUGCACCGGCCAUCGAGAUCCGUGGUAUUGGCUUGGUGACGCACCAGGACGGCGUGGCCAACAUCUCUGAGGACAUGCCCAUUGGCACCCCAGUGGCGUUGGUGCAGGUGUCGGACCGUGACGAGGGUGAAAAUGCGGUGGUUACAUGUGUAGUCGCCGGUGAUGUCCCCUUUCAGCUCCGACCUGCAAGCGAGUCAGCCAAUGACCGGAAGAGGAAGUACUUCCUGCAGACAACUACCCUGCUGGAUUAUGAGCGUGUUAAGGAUUACAGGAUUGAAAUUGUCGCUGUGGAUUCUGGGAACCCAGCCCUGUCCAGCAGCAACUCCCUCAAAGUCCAAGUCACGGACAUGAAUGACAACACACCCAAUUUUUCCCCUGCGAUGCUCGAGGUGGACUUUGCAGAGGGCAACCAACCAGGUGACAAGGUGCUGGAUGUUGUGGCGGCAGAUGCAGACAGUGGUACCAAUGCAGAGCUGACCUACAGCAUCAUCGAACGCUCAGCCACCAGACUUUUUGAGAUUGACGCCAACACUGGGGAGGUCCGUGUGAAGAACCUGUUGGAUCGGGAGGAGACGGAGCGGUAUGAGUUCCGUGUGGCAGCAGCAGAUAAGGGAGUUCCCAGCAAAACUGGCACUGCCACAGUGGUGAUUAACGUCCUGGACCGCAAUGACAAUGACCCCAAGUUUAUGCUGAGCGGCUACAGCUUCUCUGUCAUUGAGAACAUGCCUCCUCUCAAUCCUGUUGGCGUGGUGACUGUCACUGAUGCUGAUAAAGGUGAAAAUGCCAGAGUGAGGCUGUUUGUGGAACCGGACAAUGGCAAGUUUGUCAUCCAGAACGGCACGGGAACCAUCCUGUCCAGUAUCUCCUUUGACCGUGAGAAAGAAAGCACCUACACCUUCCGUCUGAAGGCAGUGGAUGCUGGUGACCCACCUCGAUCCUCUUAUGUAGGCGUGACCAUCAAUGUCCUUGAUGAGAAUGACAAUGCUCCCUAUGUCACCAAACCAGCCAACUCCUCCUACACAUACUUGACACCUGUUACCCCACUAGACACCCGUGUGGAGAUGGUAGAGGCUGAGGACAUUGACUCUGGACUCAAUGCUGAGCUGGUCUACACCAUCACAGGCGGCAACCCGUAUGGCCUGUUCCACAUCUCGCCCAGCAGUGGGGAGAUCACAUUGGCGCAGGAAUUCACCGGCAAACACAAUGGACUGCACCGCCUCGUGGUGAGGGUCAGUGAUAAAGGCAAGCCUCCCCGCCACACCACCGCCCUGGUUCAUGUUUUCGUCAACGACACCAAGUCCAAUGUGUCCCUCAUCGAGGCGCUGGUCGGACACAGCCUCUACACCCCCCUGGACAGGGACAUUGCUGGAGAUCCCAACUACGCCCUCGCUCAGCGUAGCAACAUAUUGUACGGUAGCCUGGCGGGUAUUGCCGGUGUGAUUCUAGUCAUCGUAGCAGUGGUGGUCAUCAGACACCGGCUGCAGAAGGACACCAAGAGCGGCUACCAGGCUGGCAAGAAGGAGAGUAAGGACCUGUACGCUCCAAAGCAGGGCCCCAAAAAUGGCAAAGGGAAAAAGAGCAAAAAGGGGAAAGCUCCAAAACCUGCCAAGCCGCUGGAGGAGGACGAGGAGGCCAGCCUGCAGAAAGGCCUCAAGUUCAACCUCAUCAACGACAGCGUCAACGACAGUCCCAGAAUCCACCUGCCCCUUAACUACCCACCAGGAAGCCCCGAUUUGGGCCGCCACUACCGCUCCAACUCCCCCCUACCCUCCAUCCAGCUGCAGCCACAGUCGCCCUCCGCCUCCAAGAAGCACCAGGCUGUUCAGGACCUCCCGGCCACCAACACCUUCGUGGGAACGGGCGACAACAACUCCACAGGCUCCGACCAAUAUUCGGAUUACAGCUACAAGGCUAACCCGCCCAAAUACAGCAACAAACAGGUAGGAGACUACGCAAACACGGCAUUGUACAACAGGAACAUCUAUUGGACCAACGGGGUGUAUUAGUCAUGCUGGGACUUAUUUGACACAGCCGAUAUUCUUCCACCAAAGCUGCACUGAUUCCCCUGCACAGCACCCAUCCCCAAACUGCCAUUUUCCCCUUUUACCUUUGGUUUGGUUUUGUUCACCAUUUCUGUUCUGUUCAGUUGUUUGUUUUCACCUCAACAUGGACACCACAAUAUUCACACCAUGAAGGAUUACAUAAAGGAUAGACCAGAUAUGGGCUUACCAGUAUUUAUCAGCUGAUAUUUGACUGGUAUUUGGUGACUAUAACCUCCCCCCAAAAUGAACUCUGCUGAUCCAGAACGUACUUGAGGGUGGUUUUUAAUGUUUGCGUUGUGUUUUUGCUUUUCCUGUCCAAUCAUACAUCAAAAAGAGUUCCAGUUAUAUCAAAACACACAAUGUCAUAUUUUCAAGAGGUCUUACAAUGCAAUAAUGGGUUCACGAUUAAUAUUGGAAAUUCCAUAUGGGUCUAUCCUUAGCUUCUGUGUGUUUUUCCUUUGUUUUAUUUGUCUUUGCUUUCACCUUUUCAUGUUUUAUUUGUGUUCACCUUUUCACGGUGGGUUAUAUGAAGGAGUUUAUGAGUUUCUCCUUUUUUUUAUUCUUCACAAAUGUUUUGAGUCUGGAUUCCUUUGUGCGGCCAUUGAAAGGUUCACACUGACAUCCUCAUUAAGUCUGAAUGUGUUUUUCUUUUUUUAUUUUUUCUGGAGAGCUGAUUCCAGGUUUAAAGCUGCUCUUUAUGGCCGGAUCAGCUUGUUGAAGUGUGACAAAGAGUGACUGUGAAUUCCUGAGUUUCUUUUUUUUUUCUUUUUUUUACCCAUUUUUAUUGUUCCUUGGCUUUCUUUGGCCAGGAACUAGACUGGCUGAGCAGCAUUUUAGAGUGUUUCCAUCCAGUUCAGACCAAUUUAAGGUAAUUUCAGCUCGGUCAGGGAGCCAAGCAGUGAAGAAAGGAAAGAAAGAAAGGGAAUAAUAAGGAGGAGGGGGAGGGCGUUGUUAAAAAACCCACUACACUAUGAAGGAAAAGGUACACUAAGACUAAAUACAACCAUUUCUUAACCUCCGCACCUCCUGUCAGGUCAGCUGAAAUACGACUUAAUUUUGCCGUGUUCCCAAUCACCAAGGCUAAAAAGUCAAUUGUUUGCACAGAUUAAUGGCAGGUAAUUUUCCGGGCGCCCGCCUUAUUUUACCCAGAGUGCCUUGCUCUAUUCUAUUUAAUGUACAAAAAGGAGGGUGGGAGGGGGGAUUGGAGAUGGGGGCCAUUAACCGUGCGAUCGUGACGAGCUUUCACGCCACGUCGGCUGUUUUGUGGCUCCACGUUGAUGGACUCGGGGGCUGUGAAAAUGAAAAUGUCAUGUGCACUGUGAAAUCUAUGGAGACAAUCACAUUAAGGUGUCGUAGUGAUGUUCAGACUGUACAUAUUAUUUGUGAACGACAUGUCAGAUGUUUUGUUUUUGUUUGUGCUUUUUCAUCUGCUGUUUAUGUUGCAACAUUACUGUGUGUUGUGUGUGCGCUUAACAAGGGGCAUUUCAUUGUUCUCCUGCUUUUUUAAGACUUGUGUUCACCAUCUAAAUACCUGUACCAAAGACUUACACACACACACACACACACACCUGCGUAUUCGCUGCCAUCACCAUCAUACAGUAUAUAUAUAUAAAGCUGAAGUCCAGACUGUGUUUCCUUGUUUGGUUGGUCUUGCAGAGUUCCUGCUGGUGUUAGCAGCCUGCUAGCACUCCUGCUGGGUUAAUGUUUAGCCUGUUAACACUUGAGCCCGCAGGCGUCACACUUCACUCUAAAGCCCCACAGCCUCAUAUCAACUGUUCCAUCACACACCUGCUCCGUCAUGUAUCUUCUUCUCUGGGGAAAUAAAUGUACAGUGUUUUUUUGUUGUUGUUUUUUUACAGCUAAAAGCAGAUUUUAUUUCAAUAAACAUGUUGCUUAAAUGUUAAA